AUGGCUGGCCCCGCUGCCGCCGCUCAGCAGGGUCUGAUGGGCCAGCUUGGUCUCGCGGAUAUGGGCGUCGGCAUCGACGGUCAGCCCAGGCCAGCUAGCGGCUUUGGUAGCAUCAGUGGCUUCGACAUUUUCGAUGACAGCUUCAUGCCCCCCGCUGCUCUCGGCAGCCGCUCUCGUCAGGCCCCGCGUGCCGAUGGCAGUUGCCACGGUGGUGCCCCUAUGGGCGGUACUGCCUUCACCGCUGAUCUCGCGCAGGCUCAGGCACAGCUUCAGGGUCUGCAGCAGUUCUGCCAGGCCGCGGGCGGUUACCACCAGAAGAUGGACUCUUUCAGCUUUCCGAACGUGUUGCCGAACAUGAUAGCCGCCAACAUGAUGGGCCUCGGACUUGGUGCUCCAGCAGCAGUUCCAGUCACAGCUUCAGCAGCAGAGCAAUCAGCCCCAGCACAAGUCGCUCUUCGCUCCUUAGCAUACGUCGCGACCGAGGUCCUCAACGCGGACAUCUACAUCUGCGGUUCCCAGGACCGCAGCCGCGCUCUCGAGGGUGAUAUUGUUGCCGUCGAACUUUCGACGUCGACAAAUUUGAGGCACAAGAAGGAGAAGGAGAAGAAGCGCGAGGAGAACAGCGCGUACGAGGAACGUGCGCUCGAGGUUACAGACGAGUUCAAGCCUCAGUUUACCGGCCACGUUGUUGUCGUUGUCGAGCGCAUGCCUGGCCAGCUGUUCAGUGGUACUCCCAGGGAUAAGCGUGUACCACUCAUCGCCAUCCCUACCGAGCAGGCGCCGCCCUAUUACGUGCAGAACUCUGAGGCAUACGCCAACAAGCGUUUCGUCGCAUGCAUCAAGCGUCACCCGGUCAACUGCCUGCACCCCUUCGGUACUCUAAUUGAGGAGCUCGGCCCCAUCGACGACGUCGAGCGUCGUGAAGUGUUUCCGAUGCCGUGGACGAUUCCAGAGCGCGAGUAUGAAGGUCGCAAGGAUCUUCGCGGGGAGCGUCUCUUCACCAUCGACCCUGAUACGGCCGAAGACCUUGAUGAUGCCCUUUCGAUCAAGCUCGACGAGGACGGGAUGUACGACGUCGGUGUUCACAUUGCGGACGUUUCGUGGUUCGUCAAGCCCAAUAUCGCUCUUGACCGCGAUGCCUGCAAACGCGCUACAAGUGUUCCCAUGCUCCCGCCAUCUCUCAGCGAGGAUCUCUGCUUGCUCGUGCCGGCCGUGGAGCGUCUCGCAUUUUCAGUCGUGUUCGCCAUGACACAGGAUUGCGCGCAUUCUGAAGAAGUGGUUUGGCAAGACGAUGAUCAAGAGCGCGGCCAAGUUGUCAUACUUGAACGCACAGAACACUCGACGGCAAGCCGCUCGGCGACGCACUUGUUAUCCAGGAGCAUGACGCCGCUGCUAUCGAGCACGAUAUCAAGGCGCUCAACGAUCUAG